AUGAACCCACCUCUGGCACCAGCCCCCGGCAGCUCUCAGCCUCCAGAGCCCCGGCAGCAGCCCCCCGCAGGCACACAGCAGAGCCGCUCAUUGCCGCCAGCUCUGCUGCACGAAAGCCUGGAGAAACCCGCGGGAGAUGAGGGCUUCAAAUCACUGCUGGGUUAUCGGGGUCAGGAGCUGCAGUCCCCCUCUGCUCAGGGCUUCGUGUUCCCCAGCCGGCUGUUCAGUGCCCCGCAGUCCCGGGGCUGCUCACGGGCUCCAGCCCAAAGCCGCCGGCAGCUGAAGCCCCGCGGGUUUCAAUCAGGUCCGUCCGCCCGUUGCAGCCGCAGGCGGCAGCCGCCGCAGUCCCCAACAAGGUCCGACCGCGCCGACACCCGCCCCCCCACUCCUGCCCCCCCACCGGCCCGAGCUCCGGCCGCCGCUCCCCGGCCGGGGGGCUUCACCCCGAGCCCCCUCCCGCCGCUCCCCGCCCGGCUCCCGCUGCGGGGCUCCAGCAGCUCCGGCGCCGCCGCCACAACACCCGGCACAGCCCGGGGCUCACACCGGCACCGACCCCGCUCCUCGCCCUGCCCUCAGCCGCUCCCACCAGCCGACACCGACUGCUCAGCGCCCGGGCUCACACGCAGCCCCGGCGCCUCGCACUCACUUCUGCCCUUCCCCUCACACCGGGGCGUUACGAGAAGCUCUGCCCACACCAAUCCCCCGCCCACACCAUGA